AUGGUUGCAGCGUUGGAACGAGGACUAAGCGCUUCAAAAUCAUUCAAUUUCAAAAGAAUGUUUGAUUCAUCUUCGACAAAACAACAACCAUCUCAUCAAACACUUGUGGUAGAGAACGGAGAUUCUCAUCUUGUUGAAUCCAACACGCCUGAAAGCCAAAACUCCGAUAGCUUCGCAGAAAGUCCCGUUGAGACCAUCCCUCCCAUGAUUUCCCCUCUUACUCGGUUGGGUCGGCCGGGAAAUCGAACCGAGAGACAACAAGCAGAUACGGAGAUGAUGAAGGACAGAUUCGCGAAAUUACUUCUGGGAGAAGAUAUGUCCGGUGGCGGAAAAGGCGUGUCUUCUGCUCUGGCUCUUUCUAAUGCCAUCACAAAUCUUGCUGCCUCAAUAUUCGGGGAACAAACAAAACUCCAACCGAUGCCGCAAGAUAGACAAGCAAGGUGGAAGAAAGAGAUCGAUUGGUUAUUGUCUGUGACCGAUCACAUCGUCGAGUUUGUUCCUUCACAACAAACGAGCAAAGAUGGAGUUUGCACCGAGAUUAUGGUGACAAGACAAAGAGGUGAUCUUCUCAUGAACAUUCCAGCCCUUCGAAAACUUGACGCCAUGCUCAUCGACACAUUGGAUAAUUUCAGAGGACACACCGAGUUUUGGUAUGUGUCAAGAGAUUCAGAAGAAGGGAAGCAAGCGAGGAAUGCUAGGACAAAUGACAAAUGGUGGCUCCCUCCGGUGAAAGUUCCUCCCGGCGGUUUAUCUGAACCGGCUCGGAGAAUGCUUUACUUCCAGAAAGAUUCAGUCACACAGGUUCAAAAAGCUGCAAUGGCCAUCAAUGCUCAAGUCCUCUCUGAAAUGGCAAUACCCGAGAGCUACAUCGACUCUCUCCCAAAGAACGGAAGAGCCAGCCUUGGGGAUUCGAUCUACAAGAGCAUAACAGAGGAGUGGUUUGAUCCAGAGCAGUUCCUGUCGAUGUUGGACUUGUCUACAGAGCACAAAGUGUUGGAUUUGAAGAACAGGAUUGAGGCUUCUGUUGUGAUUUGGAGGAGGAAGCUUCACUUAAAGGACAACAAAUCUUCUUGGGGAUCAGCAGUUAGCUUGGAGAAGAGAGAAUUGUUCGAAGAGAGAGCAGAGACGAUCUUAGUCUUGCUCAAACAGAAAUUUCCCGGUCUUCCUCAAUCUUCCCUUGACAUCUCCAAGAUUCAGUUUAACAAGGACAUUGGUCAAGCGGUGUUGGAGAGUUACUCAAGGAUACUUGAGAGCUUGGCUUACACAGUGAUGUCAAGGAUAGAAGAUGUUCUAUACACUGAUUCUUUGGCACAAAAGCAGACUUCACUGGCUGAAGAAACCUCAGAAGGUGGGAGAACAACGGAGACGGAUUCAGAGUCAGCUGGAUCUUCUAACUCCGGAGAAGAAACCGAGAAGCUUGACCCACACUACUCCAAGACCUUGUUGGAUUUCAUGGGUUGGAGUAACGACAAAGGUGGCGAUAAACCUACCAAAUCCCCAAACCUUACGCCGAAAAAGCUCUCAUACUUGGAGAAGUUAGAGAAUUUGAACGGUUUUAGAAGCCCCAAAGAUAGACAUUGA